UAGAUUUAAGAUGUCGCGUUCAGGAUAUUAUGUAGAAUAACGAGAAAUUCAAAUUUAGUUAGAUUGUGAGUGUAAGCACUUGUUGGUAUAUUGUUCCGUUAGUUAUAUUAAAAUGGGAGUAAAACUUAUUAUCCUAUUGGGUCUCUUGAUUGGCUUGCUGUACUGUGUUCAUAUACUUGUCAAGGACUACCAAGCAAUCACCGCUGCUAAAGUAUUUCGUCUGCUGUUCAAACGUGACCUUAAUUCACAGAAAAAUAAUCGAGCCAACGUACGCUGGAGAAAAAUACUUCAAUAUGAUAAGAUACAAUGCAUACAGAUGUUGUUCUGUGAUCUCGGUCAGAGCCUGCCAGAUACUCAGCUGAAGAGAGAAUUUAUUGAAAUGCUCAGGUUAGAGCCAAGAGCAGAAGAUUUACCGGCGUUGACAAUCUUUCAGCUUGCUUACAACGAAGGCAUGGCAUCCGUUCUUAAAGAGCAAGGAUGCCGACAAAAAUAUACGCUUUGCCCUUUCGAAAUAUCGUUUUUAUAUAAUGUUAUUAAUUAUUUACUUAAGACUGGCUGA